GUCUGUUUGUCUUCUCAGUGCACUGAGGUUCUCAGUAGGAUGUGGAGAACACAGCAGGCUUCAGUGGACUAUGAGCUGCUGACGCUGGGAGUUCAACCAUGGACGUGUACAGAGCAGCUGUCCUGCUGGGAGCACUGGUCUGCACUGCCAGUGGCACCAAUUUGACCGGCUUUGCUAAAACAGAAGGAGCGUGGAUCCUGUCACUGAACAAACGUCAGUACACGAUCAACAGUGUGGCCGAAUGUGCCGCAAAAUGCAACAGUGAAACAACCUUCACCUGCAAGUCCUUCAUGUACGUGGAGAAGGACCAGGAGUGUUGGACGGCCACAGAUAACUCAAAAACAGAGACGGUUCUGCGGAGAAGCAGCGCAGCCUUAUACGAAAAAGAGGACUACCUUCUGGAGUGUGUAAACGGUAUAGGAACAGAUUACAGAGGAACAAAGUCCAAAACCAAAUCAGGGACGAUCUGUCAGCGAUGGGACGCGAAAGAACCGCACAAACCAAACAUGGCACCGGAGACUCAUCCUCGAGCAGACUUAGACUCUAACUUCUGUAGAAACCCGGACGGAGACAGUGGCGGCCCCUGGUGCUACACCACGGACCGAAACACCCGCUGGGAGCACUGCAACGUAGACAAGUGCACUGAUGAGUGUAUUCACUGUAGUGGUGAGAACUACAGAGGGAAAACCUCCACCACUGGGAACGGGUACAUAUGCCAACGAUGGGACUCGCAGAAGCCUCACAACCACGGCUACAUCCCCAGCGCUCUACCAGAGAAGUAUCUAGAAGAAAACUACUGCAGAAACCCAGAUGGAGACCCCAGACCUUGGUGCUUCACCACCAGUCCAUCCAAACGAUGGGACUUCUGCUCCAUUACCCGCUGCACGUCUGAGCCACCGACCCUUGCUGCUGAGACCACCUGUGCCACAGGUGAGGGCGAAGCCUACAGGGGCACCAUCUCUGUGACAGAGUCGGGCAAAACCUGCCAGAGCUGGUCGGUUCAGACGCCACACAAGCACAACCACACCCCAGACAACUACCCCUGCAAAGGCCUGGAGAACAACCACUGUCGUAACCCAGGCCAUGAGAGGCGACCCUGGUGUUACACCACUGACCCUGAUAUUCGCUGGGAGUACUGCACAGUACCAAGCUGCGGGGACCAAUCCAGACCAGACGACCCCAUGAUCCCCCCAGAGGAAGAAGACUGUUAUGAGGGGGACGGCGCAAAUUACCGUGGCAUCACAUCAGAGACCAUCAGUGGAAAGAAGUGUCAGAUGUGGCGCUCCAUGAGUCCUCACAGCCAUUCCAAGACUCCAGAGAAUUACCCAGCAGCCAACCUCAGGAGGAAUCUGUGCAGGAACCCCGAUGGAGACAGGGCUCCCUGGUGUUACACGACUGACCCUAAUGUCCGAUGGGAGUACUGCAAUCUGCAGAAAUGUACCACUAGCCCUUCAUCAGGGGUCACCCCAAUCAAACCUGCCACACCCACACAAACUACACCAGAAGGGGACUGUAAGGUUGGUAACGGUGCAACGUACCGAGGUCCAACCUCCAUCACCAUCCUGGGCGUGACCUGUCAGGCCUGGAGUGCUCAGAGUCCCCACACACACAACAGCUUCACGCCAACAACCCACCCUGACAAGGGGCUGGAGGGAAAUAGCUGCAGGAACCCGGACGGUGACGUGAACGGACCGUGGUGCUACACAACGGACAGGAACAAGAAGUGGGACUACUGUCAGAUCCCCGACUGUGCCGGGCUGAGCUGUGGGACACCAGUCAUCAAACCCAAGCGUUGUUUUGGUCGUAUCGUUGGAGGUUGUGUGUCUAAACCUUACUCCUGGCCCUGGCAGAUCAGCCUCCGCACCAGCGGUGGAGUUCAUUUUUGUGGAGGAACCCUGAUACACCGUCAGUGGGUGCUGACUGCUGCACACUGUCUGGAGAGAUCCAGACGACCAUUAGCGUACCUGGUUCUUCUGGGCGUCCACACAGAACGAGCCACCGAACCGUCCAAACAGCAGAGGAGGUUGGAUAAACUGGUCCUGGAACCCAACGGCGCUGACAUCGCCCUGCUCAAACUGGAGAGCCCUGCUCUGAUCAACGAUAAAGUCCUGCCGGUCUGUCUGCCAGAGAAAGACUACAUCGUUCCCAGUGGAACAGAGUGUUACGUCACUGGCUGGGGUGAAACUCAAGGUACUGGAGGUGAUGGUAUCCUGAAGGAAGCUGGUUUCCCUGUGAUCGAGAACAAGGUCUGCAACCGUGCGUCGUAUCUGAACGGUCGAGUCAAAAACCACGAGAUGUGUGCAGGGAACAUCGAGGGAGGAACCGACAGCUGCCAGGGUGACAGCGGCGGUCCUCUGGUGUGUCACUCCCAAAACCGCUACAUACUUCAGGGCGUCACAUCCUGGGGUCUGGGCUGCGCUAACGCCAUGAAACCGGGCGUCUACGCUCGAGUGUCCAAGUUCAUCGACUGGAUCGAAAGCACCAUCAAAAACAACUGAAGACAAAAGAUGAACAGAGCAGAGGGAGAUGUCUGGACCGUGUCCAGUCUGAGGUCAUGUCAUAUUUGUUCUGCAGCAGAAACAAAGAUUAGAAUUCUGUUUCCAGGACGAGAAGUGUUUUUUUCCCAUUUGAGUUGAGAAAUAAAAUUAAAAAAAACAGAUAAAGGAGAAGAGGAGUGAAGAGGAGAUGUAAAGAUGUUUUUUUAAUUACCUUUGGUGACUCGUCAUGUUGAUUUGAAAAGACAAUUCUAUUAAAACACACACACACACACACACAUACACACAUAUACACACACGUGACAGUCGACCAAUCACACGCUGGUUGUUUCCUUGUUAACAGUCAGGUCUGUUUUUAUCAGUGUUCUUGUCUGAUGGUUUUCCACCGACCUUGGAAUUAUUCUGAAAUGACAAAAAAAAAAGUCUGUUUAGUACAUUUUACAUCAACGAUGAUGAUGAUGAUGAUGAUGAUGAUGAUGAUACAUUUAUAUAAAAACAUCACAUCUAUCUACAUUCCUCCCUGGUGAUUACAUUUUUACAAAUGUAACUCAGUGCUGAAUAAAUUCAACAUUUCAUUUAAA